AUGAUAAAAAAAACCUACGACAAGCAAAACCACAUCCUCUGCCUCAUCAUCCGGCAGCGCUUCACUGUCUGGUUCCUCCCUUUUUACAGCGCAAACGUGCGCCUCGUGACCGAGGUUCACCUGGCGCAGCAGACCCCAUCCAACGUGGGAGCGGCGUCGGGGCCGCUGCAUGAACAAGGAGCUCAGCAAGGGCAGAAGGAGGGGGAAAAAGACAGUGGGGCCCGGGACACAGCCGUCGCGAGGCCGCGGUACAUGAUCGCCAAGCAGGAGGACCACUACCAGGUCAACGAGUACCUCCGCUUCGUCGUCCCUGUCCUGGGCCCCUUGGUCUGGACAGCUUGGCAGCUAAUAAGCUCCCUGAUAUGCGUACUCUUGACAAUGCCGCUUUUUGUGCUCGACCGAGCAUCCAAAGGGAAGCAUGUGUUACCGGGAGCAUAGCCAUGCAGGGAAGCUCGGUCUGGAGCCCGGAUAGAUGCUGUAGUGCUCACAGGACGCCACAGUCAAUCUUCAAAUUCGGUAGCACAUCGAUAUUCUUCGCAAGUCAAUUUUAAAGCCAAU